AUGCCUUCCACCGUCGUCUCCACCCCCGUCCCCGCUGGCGUCGACCGCAACGCCGUCCUCUCCGCCAUCCACAACCACGACCUGAUGGUUAAGACCCUUUGCCCGGCUCUCAUCUCCUACAACCUCGAGUCUGGCUCCGUCGGCGUCGGCCAGUCCGCCACCUACUCCGUCACUGACAAGAAGCCCAUCGGCCAAACCACCUACCAGCUCACCAUCACCAACCUCGAGGACGGCGUCGACACUCUCGUCAACGCCAAGCCCCCCGUCGGAACCCUCGUUAUCACUGGCAAGUGGCGCAUCGUCAACGAGGCUGCCGGUCUCAUCCUCCGUGAGGAGGUCGAUAUUGAGGCCAACAUGCUCAUGAAGAAGAUGGCCAAGGGCAACGUCGAGAAGACCCACCCCGAGCAGCACGCUGCUCUCCUGGUCCAGGCUGGCAAGGCAUAA